AUGGCGUUAUACAUAGACGAAGAAGAGGUGUGGAAAUGUCCAAAACACCCUUCCAAGCGCCGGAGGAGCGGUAUUUGCCCAAUUUGCCUCCGGGAACGGUUGGGUAGUCUCUGUCCCGACUGUGCUAACGUGCGCCCCUGUGCAUGCUGCCCCACAUCGUCUUCGUCUUCUUCUUCUUCCUCUUCCUUCUCUCUCUUCUCAUCUAGAGGCGGCUCCUCCAAUUCCGGAGUUGGCGACGUCGGGAAAGUAUCAAAGCUUAUCGACAGCGAACCGUCUUUUCGGAGAUCAAGAUCUUUGGCGAUUCCGUUCCUCCGAUCAAGAUCACGUUUCGCCGGAGAUUUUGUAUCUGGCGAGGGGAAAAAUUCGCCUCCGGGGAGUAGGAACAGAGCGUCGUCGUUUUGGAGUGUGUUCAAAGCGAAUAAGAGCAAGAGAAGCGAAGAAGAAGAAGAUAAAGAAAAUUCAGAAAUGAAAAGUACCGAGGUCGUAAUUGACAACGAGUAUGAGCGGGCGAGGAUGAUGAUGAGAUCGAGAUCGGUGGCAGUCCCUGUGACGUCAGGUUUUGGUUCCGGCGACUUCAGAUCUUCGUCGCGGACUAAAGGAAAGGGAUGGCAUUUUCCGAGUCCGAUGAAGGUUUUCCGUCAUUCCAAGGUGUCGAAGGUCGUUCAAGAACGGUCGCCUUUGUACAGAGGUUGA